UGUGUGUGUGUGUGUGUGUGUGUGUGAAAGGCGGAGUGAAUAGGAGGCGUAUCUAUUAAUAGCCGUACAGUGGACGGGAUGGAGACAGAAACGGAGAGUGGCAGAGCCAGCAGCGUUGCUUAAGGUGAAGGACUGCUGCGCUGCGUUGCCCGGGACUUUGUCUGCUACUAACACACACACACACCUGAGAGGAUGGAGCUAUUCCUGGGGACGGCCGGAGGGAGAUGUGCCUGAGGACUGAAUGCUCGGGAGUCACUUGGCAUCGGAGACGCUCUCAGUAUUUUUGGAUGUCCUGAGAAGCCUGCCAAAUCAACAUUCAAGAGUUCAACAUCCCCCCACACCACCCCACCCCACCACCCCACCCACCCCUCUCCCCCACCGUAUGUUGGCCGAUUCCCCUCCGGUAUUCCUUUUCUCCUUUUUUUUCUCUCCCCUAAACCCUCCCUCUCUUUCCCCGGGGGUUUGUAUGCUGUGUUGGCCGUCCGGGUCUGCUCGCGUUUGAAAAGGAGCUUAUGUGGAUUGCCCCGCAAUGGAAUGUAGUUUGCUGGCCGCAAGACCAAAGAAGUCCGCUCUUUCCCCGAGUGUUUUGCUUCUGGACUUCUUUUGUCCCACUUGUGCCGGGGACCCUCACUGCCUUGGGUGUCUGGGGUGAAACGGAGUCGCUCUGCGUCGUAUCAACAGCCCCCUGCCCCCGUCUGGACAGCACCGCUGCACCCCAGCGUUCAGGAUGCGCCGUUUCGACAAACUCAAAAAGUCUUUCCCCUUCCUCGCACAUUUCCAUGUGUACAGAAAGCUGGGGAGUAGCAUGCAGUGUGAAGAGGGCACGGAAUGGCUACUGGAGCUCUUGAUGGAGGUCCAGUUGCAGCAGUACUUCCUGCGAAUGCGCGACGACCUCAACGUCACUCGGCUCUCACACUUUGACUACGUGAAGAAUGAGGACCUGGAGAAGAUCGGCAUGGGCCGACCUGGCCAGAGGCGAUUGUGGGAAGCCGUCAAGCGCAGGAAAACCCUCUGCAAACGCAAAUCCUGGAUGAGCAAGGUGUUCAGUGGGAAGAGGCUGGACGGAGACUUCCAGCCGCAACCAGCCAGCACCUUCCGGAAGUCGUCUCCCCCCUCCGCACCCCCACUGGAGGGCCAGCAGCAGGCGGUGCUCACCUGCCUGAUCAGCGAGAAGGACCUGGGCCUGUUCGAGAAGCUCGGGGACGGCUCGUUCGGUGUUGUCAAACGCGGGGAGUGGUUCACCCCGUCUGGGAAUGUGAUAAAUGUGGCGGUGAAGUGUCUGAAGACAGACGUGCUGAACCAGCCUGAUGCCCUGGAUGACUUCACCCGUGAGGUCAAUGCUAUGCACUCUCUGGAUCACCAGAACCUCAUCCGGCUCUACGGAGUCGUCCUCACACACCCCAUGAAAAUGGUGACAGAGCUGGCCCCGUUGGGCUCGCUGCUGGAGCGACUGCGCAAGAACCAUGGCCACUUCCUCAUCUCCACGCUGUGCCAGUACGCCAUCCAGAUCUCCAACGGCAUGGCCUACCUGGAGACCAAGCGCUUCAUUCACCGUGACCUGGCCGCGCGCAACAUCCUGCUGGCCUCCAGCGAGCUGGUCAAGAUCGGGGACUUUGGCCUGAUGCGUGCGCUGCCCCACAACGACGACCACUACGUCAUGCAGGAGCACCGCAAAGUCCCCUUUGCCUGGUGUGCUCCUGAGAGUUUGAAGACACGCACCUUCUCUCACGCCACUGACACCUGGAUGUUUGGCGUGACCCUGUGGGAGAUGUUCACAUGCGGACAGGAGCCCUGGCUCGGCCUCAAUGGCAGCCAGAUCCUCCAUAAGAUUGAUAAGGAGGGUGAGCGUUUGCCUAAGCCAGAAGAUUGCCCUCAGGACAUCUAUAACGUCAUGAUGCAGUGCUGGGCCCAGAAGCCUGAUGACCGGCCCACCUUCGUAGCCCUACGAGAGUUUCUGGUGGAGACCUUGCCAACAGAUAUGAGAGCUCUACAGGAUUUUGAUGAGCCAGACAAGCUGCAGAUCCAAUUGGAUGAUGUGAUCACCAUCAUCGAGGGCAGAGCGGAGAACUACUGGUGGCGGGGUCAGAACAAGCGCACGCUGAAGGUGGGUCAGUUCCCCAGGAACACAGUGACCUCGGUGGCUGGCCUGUCAGCGCACGACAUCAGCCGGCCUCUCAAGAACAGCUUCAUCCACACGGGCCACGGAGACUCCAACCCACAGCGCUGCUGGGGCGCGCCCGACAAGAUUGAUGAUCUGUAUUUAAGCAACCCGAUGGACCCCCCAGAUGUGCUGGGCCUGGACCUCGGCACCGCCCGACCCACUCAGCUCCCUGGAAGAGCCAAGAAGGAGCCACCCCCCCCUCGCCCCCCCCAGCCGUCUCUGCUGGUCAAGAGUAAGUGUGGCCCCUCGCCCUCGCCCUCAGGGCAGUCGACCCACUGCUGCUCCUGCCCCCUCUGUUCUCUCCUAGCACCCCUCCUCAAAGAGCCUUGUUAUGAUGCUGUGGCGGAGGAUGAAGAUGUGACCCCAUCAGGUCUGAGAAAGCUGUCCCUGAAAAAGCCAGGGGUGAAGGGACUCAAACUCAAACCGGCCGCCUGGGUCUCAGCCACCAAAUUCGGGGACCGGUCCCCCUAUGGGGCCAGAACGCCCGGAGGCAGCACACUCAACGAGGUGGCGCUCAUUGACUUCGGGGAGGAGGUCCCCCCACCUACACCGUCUCCGUCCCCCAUCAUGGAGGCCCAGAUUGCCUCUCUGGCCAAGUUGGCUCUGAUGGCAGAGUCUCUCCUGGACCGAACCCCGCCCCAGAGCCCCUCUCGGUCUCUGCCCCGCCCCUUACACCCCACCCCUGUGGUGGACUGGGACGCCCGUCCUCUGCCUCCCCCCCCAGCUUAUGACGACGUGGCUGAAGACGAGGACGACAUUGAGGUUAGCUCCAUUAACAGCAUUGACCCCCAGGAGCCGGGUCAAGGACAUGGCUGCAGUCGGAGCGCCAGCUCUCACACCCCCAGCUUGACUGCUGGGGAAGUCCUGAAUGAGAGGGCCCUUGUGGAGGACAACCUUUUCCUGCCCUGCCGGCACACCCAGGGCUCCAACUUCUCCCAGUCGGCCGAGAUCUUCCAGGAGCUGCAGCAGGAGUGCAUGAAGAGGCUGAACGUGCCCAGAGAGAUGGGCCCGCCAAGCCCCAGCCAGGACCUCCACCGCCAGAUUGUCCUGUCUGUCUGCUGUGAUGACAAGCCUCAAAUCCCGCCGCGCAUCCCCAUCCCCCCACGCCCGCCAGCCAAGCGGGGCUCUGACUACACCCGCUGGUCCGGGGAAGUGUCAGUCGAGGACGACAAGGAGUGUCCGCCUCAGAUCCCUCCCCGGGACCCCUUCUCCCAGGCAAGCUCGCGCACCCCCAGCCCCAUGGCCAUGCUCCUCGUGGGCUCCCCCCAGCAGCGAAGCCUGGGCCCGGGCAUCGGGACGGGUUCAGCCUACCUCUCCACCUCCCCAGGCAAACUCAUGCCCACCACACAGAGCUUCGCCUCUGACCCCAAGUACGCCGCCCCCAAGGUCAUCCAGGCCCAGGGCAAGGAGAAGGAGCCCGCCAAAGUGCCCUGCAUCCUGCCCAUUGUGCGCGACGGCAAGAAGGUGAGCAACACGCACUACUACCUCCUGCCCGAGCGACCGACCUACCUGGACCGCUACGAUAAGUUCCUGAAGGAGGCGGAGGGGUCGGAGGACAGACGACAGCUCAAUACUGCCACAGUCAGGCCCAUGGUCCAACAGCAUCAGCCGACGCCGCAGCAGCAGCAGCAGCAGCAUGGCGAGUUUAAGGUGAACUUCUCCUCCAACAACAACAGCAGCCUCGCAGGCUGUGGGGCAGGCAGAGGGGCUGUGAAGAGCUCUCCAGGCCUGGUAGGGUCGGGCACAGAGGGGCCAGCCGGCGGAACCACCACAGACCGUGUCCGACAGGUGCAGGAGGCGGUGCAUGGGGUGACCAUGGAGGAGUGCCAGACAGCCCUGCAGAAUCACGGCUGGAAUGUGCAGAAGGCUGUGCACUCCCUGAAGGUGGAGCAGCUCUUCUGUCUGGGGCUGAAGUCUCGAGUGGAAUGUCUUAACCUCCUGGAGAUGUUUGACUGGAACUUGGAGCUGGCGAGCACUCAGCUGCUGGACACGUACGGCGCCGUGAAGCAAAGGCGAUGACCGUCCUCUAGAUGUCCUCCAGUCUUCCUCAUGUACUUGAUUUGGUCGCGGUCCGCCGGAGGUGAGCGCCACUGCGAAGCCCUCGCUGGCAGCACAAAACAUUUGGACUGGGGUGUGCCCUCUUCCCCUCUCAGAGCCUCAGAAGAUGACCAUCCAGGACACUGCCUACUCCCUCCUUCACAAGACUGUUAGUUCACACCGCACAGCCAUGUGUGUGUGUGUGUGUGUGUGUGUGUGUGUGUGAGAGGUACUGCUGCGCCUGUCGGGGGUGUUCUCCUGUGUGUCAAGACUUUCCCCCACGGAGUCUGGCCCCCUGCUGAAAGCCGGCCGGUGCACUGCUGCGUUCCGGCGGGAACCGAAGUUCAUCCAGCCCAGUUUCUUGUCCCACGAGGACAUUAGUUCAGAAUCCAGGACAGCUGGUCCCUUUGAUUUGGCCUCUUUUCCCGGCCUUUGAGAGUUCUAUAUGUUAAGUAGGAGAGAGAUUUACAGAGAUUUAUAAGAGUAUGUGUGUGUGUGUGUGUGCGUGCGUGCCUGUGUGUGUGUGUGUGUGUGUGUGUGUGUGUGUGUGUAUACGAACGUAAUUUGUUUGGAUUUGAGUUGAUAUAUUUGCAUCAGAAAUGUUCUGAUCAUUUUUUUUUCUGUCUUUUAAAGUAUGACACUUUAUUUGGUGUAUUGCGAAAAGGAAGUUGUAAAUCAAGGUCGGAACCCAUAGAAGUUUUAAGUUCUAAUGUUAAAAAAGGUAUUUGUUUCAUGUUCUGUUGUGUUGUGUUGUGUUGUGUGUAGAGUGUGUCUGUAAGACUGUGUUCCCUGUUGCCCUCUCUUUCAGUGCUGCUCCUGUGACCUAAUGCACUCCUCUCCCUUGGCACCAAGGUCUCCACCUCUGAAUUCCUCUUUUGUUGUUCUUGCUGUGCUUUCAUAUCUCCCCCUAGUCUUGGUAAGCCCUCAGCACAAUAGUACAACACAGGGUUUUAAGUCACUGUGGGCCGUCGCCCUUCCUGUUUUACAGUAUUAAUAUUUGUACACAAAAGCACACAGUUGAAAUGCCGGCACUGUUCUAAUGGUAUCUUUUGCUGAAGUACGUCCAAGCACAACAACAAUCCUCCAGACUACACAAGGGUCGUUGUUUUUUUUUAAAUAUUUUGGUUGUUGUUGCGCCAGAGGUUCUCUGAUUUCUUCAUUGAAUAGCCUUAACUGGGUUGUCAUUUGUUAUAUUUAGUGAGCCUCCCAGUGAAAUGUAUCCCACAAAUCCACAGUCUCCCUAAGAACCUCAGCAGGUGAUGCCUAAGUGUAGCAUAUUUUGUGUCCGAGUAUCCGAGUAGCUUUAGCUUUUCUUCCAGUGUAUCAUCCUCUACACAGUGUAGUGGGUUUGAAAGUCAGCUCUUGCGAAGUGGAGGAUCUGAUGAUCCAUGGAUGGCUUCAUCUUUUCAUCGACUGCUAUUAUUCAUUAAGCAGGGCUGCUCAGAUAGUGCAGGUGCUUAGCUAACCCACCGCCCUGCUCCGUCAAACAGAUCUGACUGGUUUCUUCAGGUCCACUGCAGUUUGUAUGCUGAGCUGUCCAGCUGUUUGGAAGUGAUGUGUGUGUGUGUGUGUAUAAAACUCUCCAUUCACUAUUUUCUGUAGGAAAUGGCUGAGAUGAUUGUCUGUGCUAAACACCUCUAACACUGCAGCGCCUGCCCGCUGUUAAUGCAGUGACCUGUGUGUGUGUGUGUGUGUGUGUGUGUGUGUUUGUGUGUGUGUGUGUGUGUGUGUGUGUGUGUGUGUGUGUGUGUGUGUGUGUGUGUGUGGCUUCUUCUGUCUGCAUAGAAAGGCUCUCACUGUUUCCUCACCUGACCAAACAGCCUCGACAGGACACUGAACAAGUCUUUGAGAAGGUGUCUUUGAGCCUAGAAGACCACUGCUCCCAUCUCCAGAACAACCACCAGCUUGCUUCCAUUGAUGUGAACAAUGAGGCAAUACAUUGUAUUUGUGUGUGUGUGUGCUCUCGCGUAUUUGACACCCAUGAUUGGAGCAUUUAUCGACAAAAAAGUGAAAACUUGUCUCAGUCUUACCUGAUUCUCGUUUUUUAUAUGUACCAAGCUGCUGUUGUAAAAGUACUGAAAUGACCUUGUGGGAAAUGACCCCGUAUUUGACUUUGUUUCUUUGUGUGCUUUGUCGUCUUUUUUGUCCUUUCUGCAGUGGAUAAUUCCUCCUGUGUUUCAAGUGUUUUGUUUUCAAUGGUUGUACAAAUUAUUUUUCUGGGUGUCUGAAUUGUGGCAUAGUGCUGCCAUUUUGAAAUUUAUAAAUAUAUACAUAUAAAAUGUAUUUUUUAUUAAAAUAACUAUUUUUUAUCUUUU